AUGAAAGAUCUACUGGGACGGUCUGGGAUGCUAGACUGUAAGCUUCUUGCUACACCCGCUGCAGUUACAAAGGCAGUUACACCCUCCGAACAACUGUUUGAUAACGCAACGCAGUAUCGGCGCAUUGUGGAGGCGUUACAGUAUUUGACCAUUACUCGGCCUGACUUAUCUUAUGCUGUCAAUCGACUGUGUCAGUUCUUGCACUCUCCAACGAUCGAUCACUGGGCCCUGGUCAAACGUCUCCUACGCUACAUCAAGGGGACACUUGACUUUGGGCUACGACUCACACCGUCUUUGUCAACUACUAUUCAUGCCUUUUCCGACUCUGACUGGGCUGGGUGUCCGAUAGACAGGAAGAGUACGAGUGGUUUUGCGGUUUACUUGGGUUCGAACCUGGUGUCAUGGUUAUCUAAGAAGCAACGUAUGGUAGCCCGAUCGUCCACGGAAGGGAGUACAAAGCUCUUGCCGAUGUAUCCGCCGAGGUAA